UCAUGCAAUCAUUGCUGAAAUGUCAAGCAUUACAUUGGUAAAUAAUAGUGUUAGUUGUUAACAUCUUCAUUCAUCAUGGAUAAAGAUCGCAAGUUUUCUAAACUUAUUCAACUGAAUACGUAGAUUGUUCAAAUCUAAUGCAGCAAACUGAUCAACAUUGAAACAUAUAGUUUCGUGUCUUUACUUGUCAUGUUGAGUUCAUAAAGUUGCAAUAAUGGAUUUCAUAGACAACCUACUGAAUCAUAUGUCGUCGAAGUUCAAUCAAGAGAGUGCAUUACCCAAACAAGCAGAAAUAUCGAUGGACGAAACGUUCAAAUGGCGAGCACUGAAAAAUAAUCAAUUUGCCAGCCGGUCGAAGAAUAGUCGCACGAAAGUAAAAUCAAAAGACAAAGACAAGCACCAAACCCACAACAACUGUGAGCUGAGCCCGUCGCCAGAUGAAAAUAACAAAAGUGAUGGUUCCCCAGAUCUUGUAGCAGCAGAAGUGAGUGAAAGCGCAGAAAUUGAAAUUGAAAUCGCUCACGAUAUAAGUGGAGCUGAAAUUCAAGAAGCACUCGCUUCAACUCAAGGAGCUCUUUCAGUGUUAGUUGAAGAAUCAAAUGAUCAUAUUACAGUUGAAUGUUUUAAUGAAGGUGACAAAUUAAUAAGCCUUGCAAACGAUGAGAUGGAUAUAUAUGCGACUGGUACGUGUACCUUGAACGUCGAAAUUGAUAACGAAGAGAAUUCCAAGUCAAUAGAUAAUACUGACGAAGUAGCACCAAUGCAAUUAGAUACUUCUGAUGGAAAUCCCCAAACUGAAGAGACUUCGAUUUCCAGAUUAGAAAGCGAAGAAACACCUAUAAACACACAACAAUUAUUGCCAAAAACCAAUAAUAUAUUUCUUCACAUGUCUUCAACUUUCAAUGCCACAUGCUUAACCUUAGAUCCAUCUUUAGAAGAAACAAACAAUUUACAGUCAGUGCAGACACAAACCCAACUCGUAAAUGAGCCAGAAGUGUCUUCAAAAAAUAAUGAGAACUCUGAAAAUCACUUAGAUUCAGACGGUGAUAAACCACAAGCACAAAUAAACACCUUAUCUAAAAAUGAACCAGAUUUCUCUUCGAUAAGUGAUGCAGAAAACCCUAGGAAGGACGAUAUGGAAGAUGAGCAGCAAGAAACGCAGUCUUCAACGGGAUCUGUGAGACGGUCAACGCGGUUGCAGAUAGAUCAUGUUACUGGCUCAGAGCAGAACAACGUGUUAGAUCCACCAGAUCCACCGAGAUUGGAAACAUCACCACCAUCAUUACAAAAAUCAUGCUCAAUAUCUGAUAAGGAAGCCAUCGAAAUCAUUGGUGAAGUAGACAACAGUGAUAGGAAAAAUGAUAAGGGUAAACACAUUGAUACAGUCGGUAGAGUUCUAAGAAACAAAUCAAUCGGAAUAAAACCCAGGGAAGUUUUAAAAUCAAAAACGAAGUUUAAAAAAAGUGAUGAUAAUAGAGUAAAAGUGAGGAAACUUAAUCUUCACCAAGAAGGCAUUGCUGAAAAACGAGCACGAAGUAAAUCAGGCUUACGAACUUUUCCAAAAGGUGAAAGAGUACCACAACUAAGAAGAGAUUACCGUACGAGACAAACAGCUCGUAAUGUUGAGAUCAAAACGAACCGAAGAAGGUCAUCCCGCUUUGGUCCGAGUACUAAAAAGGUGCUUAAUGAAUCGGAAAAAGUAAGCAAUGACCAUAAGUUAAAAAAUUCUCACGAAUCUCAGCGAGAACUUACCAAGAACAAAAAUCAUAAGGAGCAUUCACCAAAGCAACGACCAAUUCGACUCUCCAGAGAUGGUAGUGACGGGAUACUGGCAUCAGCGAUUGCUCGGAGAGAAAAGAAUGACACCACAGGUAUUCAAGGUAGACUAUCGCGUCCUAUUAAACUGUCUGCCAAGAUUUUGGCUAAUGAUGAACUUCGUUAUGGAUUUGAAUUGCAAAACAAUGCUAGAUUAAAUCUGAACUCAGAGGCUAAAGAUUCUUCAAAUACAUGUGCUAUACUUAAACAUGAUCCGCCUGAACCAACAGCAGAAAUAAAAGAGAUCAGCCACGUUAAGCCUAAAACUAGUCAGGAAAAUAUAUUAUUGCCUCAACCUGAUUCCGUCAGAAAAAAACUAAAUUGGACUUCAUCUUUUAAAAGUUUGAAAACAAAAUGUCGUGAUCCAUUAGAUUUUAUCGAAGAAGUGAAAAGAGAUAACUUGGGAAGCAAUAAGUCACCUGAAUGCAAUAGUAAACUCAACAAGUUGCAGCAACGAAGAUUGCUCAAACUAAAAGAAAAGCACAUGUUCAUGCUUGGGCUGCAGAGAAUAGGCAACAAAACCACACCAAAUCAAAAUAAAAAUAAAAAUUACAUAGCUACUGAGGUGCAAAUAGCUGUAAUUGAAAAGGAAGUUUGUACAAACCCUCCUAGACCUCUGACAAACCAAAGCUUCACAUUGUUUGACAGCCCUCCACUUGAGGACCACACCAAAGUUCCAACAGAACAGGAUGCGUCUCAUGUAUCGCCCCUUCCCCAUAUCCAGCCGGAAACCGAGCUGACAUGUUUCUGCCAAAAAGACACUCGUUACUUCACCACGAAAACGCAAUGUCGUAUGUAUUGCACAGCCGUCGAUGAAAUUGAUGGGCAACUCAUCGGGUGCAGGAACGAGUUGAUAGGAAGUUUGCAGAACCUGUUACGUCCGAGCAAUAGUGCUAGCUAUCAGCUUCUAUGUACGGUACAUCAGCGACGGUUACAUCAUCACGGCAGUUGUGCUACAUGCGGAGUUUUCUGUACACAGGGAAAUUUUGUCAUUUGCAAAAACAAGCACCUAUUUCAUCGUGAUUGUGCAGAAAAAUUCAUCAUUAACACCAAAGAAAAAUCUAGUCCUAUAAUCCCAAAGCUAGUUUUGAAGUGCCCCCAUUGUGGAUUGGAAAGCAUUAAUCAGGAGUACGUUUUAAAACUGCAGAACAACCCAAUGAUGGAAAUUGUAACAUCAAGACGCUAAGAUACUACAACCCUGAAGCCUUCCGAAGAUAGUCUAAACUCAAAUGGCAUUUCUAUUCUAUUUGUUUUCUGAUUAUUGGAGUAGAUGAACAUUUACAUCACGUCGAAGUAAUGAAUAAAUUUUAUGUCGCAAAUAAGAUGCUCUAAGUGCUAGUAUAUUUGUUUAUUGAUCCAUCCAUCAUUUAUAACGAUAAAAACUAUAUCCAAAAUAAAUUAAAAAUGCAUCACGUCAGAGACAAAAACAAAUUAUUAAAAUUACUUCGUUGUGUUAAACUAUCCUGAAAGCAUAUAUUUGAAAAUAUUUGAUAAUCUCGAUAGCGAUAUGCUGUCCCAUAGGACUUGCUCGAAUACUUAAGGUGAAGGUGGGUUGAGCACCAAAACAAAGCUUUUAAAGCAUUGGUAAAAUAAAAUGUGUCAUAUACUGAAGUAGUAUUGGUGUCGUAUUUAUAAAAAAAAAACAAAGAAUAUUAGUAGGGUGGUUCAAAAAACGACCCAGCUCCACCACGCUCACUCGAUUCCGUCCCAUGCU